UAGAGAAUAUUGAUUUUAGUGAAUGCGUUUUUGAUGAUCGAGGAUCGAUUAUAGGGCCUUCGAACCAUGAAUGAAGGGAAUCGUGAAAAAGGGAGGGAAAGGGGUCGUUAAACUUGAGAACGUUGUUCUCUUUCCUUUUCCUCAAAGAUAUAGUUUUGAGAUUAAUAGCUAUUUAUACUCGGAGAAGAUAGAGACACGUUUCGAAAAGCUAUAUAAUAUCUACUACGCGCAUAUAAAGAAUAUAUAUUUCUCGCGAGUCUAAUCUACGAGAAUAAACUAUAAUCAUCUUUCGUCGAGGUCUCGAUUUACUUUGAACGUAAUCUUCCGAUAACCAUGUUUCUCCGAUAACUACUUGUCCGUUUCUAUUCUCAUAGAAAGAAACAUUUCCUCGAUGUAAAAAAAACUUAAACUUCGAAAUGAUAUUGAUAUCGCACGAAAUGUUAAUUAUUGAUUUUAAAAGAUAUUACAUAGUUUCAAAGUCGAGUGAUAAGAAAAUUCGAACUCCUUUUUUUUAAUCGUUAUUGCGACGGUCGAUAGAAAAGAUGCUGGAAGAUGAAAAAAAAAAAAGAGAGAGGAGGAACUAUCUUACCCACGCGCGCAUAUCUUUUAUCUGCGAAAGGCCAUUAUCAAUUUAGACAAGUGGGAAGUGCAGUGGCCGUAUCCGGCAGCACAAACAACAAACGGUUUUCCUUCCUUAGACAUACAUAUUAUAUACGUUCAUUGUCAGAAGCAUGCGAACUGGAUCAGAUGCGAUACGGAUGUCGGAUUUAUAAUGCCCAAUGUAGCUGCGGUUACGGUUGUAAGGCCGAGUAUAGAUACGAUACUAACGAAGAUUGUAAAUUAGCAUUGAGAGGCAGACUCAAUGAUAUAUGCUAUAGAUCUAAUCCCUGUUUGCAUGGUGGAUCUUGUUCGCAAAUUUCACCCAAUCCAGGAUUCAAAUGUCGAUGCGAGGGUACAGGAUAUUAUGGUACACGCUGUGAAAAAUCUUGUCCAGCAGCCAACAAUCUACGUUACCGUGGACCGUUUCCCUACGAGUGUGUUGUUAUCUGACAUCGAAAAUCUUGCUUUCCGUACCCACACACCCCCACCGUUCCCUUACGUUGAAAUUUACGAAUCUGAAAUCUUUUUACGUUAAGUACAAAAAGUUAGCAGAUAUAUACAUAUUUUCGAAUACACAUCUUUGUACAUACAUAAUAAACAUGCGAUAACAAUAUUGUA